UUCUGGACACGCCCCUGCUUGCACCUUAUAUGUUAAAUCAGUUUGCCACAUAUCUUCGGAUUUGGGGCAUAAAACACAAAUAUAAAAGUGAAAACAAGCUGCAGUGCUUUCCAGGGCCAGCAGCAGGUUUCUGUCUCUUGAUCUUGGCUUCAUGCGAAGGGGAAGGAGGAGGAGGAGGAUCGAGAAGGGGGUGAGAUGGGAUGUGACACCGCCUUGCAUUGGUGACGCUUGCCAUCAGUAGACAUUUGGACAGCCUAUGUAACCCAUAUACCGAGCAACAAAUGGUGCGUCUGUGCCGUAGUCCUAAUGCUGGAGUCAAGGAGAUGUAUCCGCCGACUGCGUGGCAUUGAUGCUGUGCUGCAGAGGCUGCAGCGGGAGGACAAACCACGCGGUGUCAUCUGUUGAUCGGAUUGCAGACAAUUAAGCGCAUUAUCAUGAGACGCCACGGUCCCACUUACAGGUGAAAUUUGAGGAGACUGAAAUGAUUCCAAAGUCAGGAAAAUCUCCGGCAGAGUCAAGGAAAAGUGUUGGCAUCCAGGAGUUUGCAGCACUUGCCAGAUCCUCCUUAAAUGGUAUCUCUCAGGCCGUCAGGGAUCAUGUGACGAAGCCCACCUCUCUGGCUCAAGGUCGGGUCGCCCACCUGAUCGAGUGGAAAGGUUGGCCUAAACCUGCAAACCCACCUCCAGCCGCCCACUCCCACUUCAGCUCUUACAGCCACCUGACAGAAGGAGAGAAGGAGGCCCGCUUUGCUGCAGGAGUGGCAGAGCAGUUUGCUAUUGCUGAGGCUAAGCUGCGUGCCUGGGCGUCCAUGGAUGACGAUGAAGAGGACGACUCCAACGAUGAGGACUCCAACAUCUUCACCAGUCAGAGUUCAGACGUCGCCACGUGCAGUCCUAUCACCGGACAGCCAUGCCAGCCUGACAUUGAUGUGGAUGACAAGGCCCCGCCCUCUGACAGUCCUCUCGGCCCCAGCAGUGACAGCCUGCUCUGCGACAGGCCUGUUUCUCACAAUGACCCACAUUCAUCCCAGACCAAUUCACCUACUUUACCCAGCAGCUGCACAAGCCCCUUCCUGGAUGAGAUAGAGGACGAGGAUGAGGGGAGGCUGGAUGGUCAGGAGGGGAAGCAGGUCCCUUUGCAGAAUCAGCACAGCGAGGUCUGCAUCCACCAGAAGCCAGAGUGGAGGCCCCGGGCCCGGAGCAGCAGGUUUGACUCCUGCUACUCCACCUCUCACUCCGAGUCUCCUGGCGAGGAGGAUGAGGAGGAUGAUGAGGAAGAAGGCAGUGUGUUUCAUGACGUCCGGGUGUGGCAUUGCAGCCCAAGGAGCUUCUUCUCUGACAGGGCUUCAUCUGGAGUGGCAUCAUUUGAGGAAGAAGAAGAGGAGCGGGAUGAAGUAGAGGAGAAGAAAGAGUUUUUGAUGUGAUGUGUUGUCAAACUUUAUGUCUCUUUGGGUCUGUGUUGAUUCUGGAUAUGACAUAAUGUAUUCUGCUUUCACCGUUAACUGCUCUCCUCCUCCUCUUCAUCCUUCCCUCCUUCACAUCUUCUGAUCAUUCUCUUCUCCGCUCACUGCCUUCUGUCUCUCAUCCUCCAAGCUUAUCAUGCACUGAUCUCCUUCCACAUUUAAUCGCUGCUGUGAACUGUAAACAUGCUGGAGAGCUCCACCAGAAUGUAAAGCUGUUGUCCAAACUGAGUUUUGUACAUUUUAGUGCAGUCAUGUGUUGCUGUUGUGUUUGUUUUUCUAUAAAUAUUUUGUAGUGUUGUUUUCUCCGGGUCAUGCUGUGUCAUGUGGGUUGGGCAAUGUUUGAUACUGAAUGUCUUGCGUAUAUAAAUAUGAUUUUUUUGGAAAGAAAAUUGUUGUUUUUA